CAGGCUUCCGACGAAGUUGACCCACCGCGGGUAUAAAACGGCCUGAGAGUCUCGGGAACCACCGGUCUGCGGAGCGCCGGCCCGGGCUGCCCCCUGCGCUCGCGGAUCCUGCUGGCAUCUCUGCGACAUGAGCCUGGCAGCGGGCGCCCGCGCCCCCGGGCCGCGGCCCAGCCCCGGGCUGCUGCUGCUGCUGCUAGCCGUCGCUCUCGCCCAAGAGUCGUCACUCCCCACUGUCGCCGCCCCACCCGCAGCAGACUCUGAAGGUGGAGCUGGAGACCUGGGCUGCGUGUGUGUGAAGACCACCUCUGUGGUCCGUGCCCGGCGCAUCUCCAGCCUGGAGGUGAUCGGGGCUGGACUCCACUGCCCCAGCCCCCAGCUGAUAGCUACGCUGAAGGACGGGAGGAAAAUUUGCCUGGACCCGCAGAAUCCUCUGUAUAAGAAAAUAAUCAGGAAACUUUUGAAGACUUAGCUCUUAAAUCUGUACUUUUGAAGAGUCGGCUGCCUAAAUCUGUACUUUUGCUAUAUAAAGUGUUUCUUCUUCUUCUUUUUUUUUUUCGUUUUCAAUCUAACUGUGGAAAAAUCAUCUGAUGAUUUUAUUAUCCUUGAAAUUCUACAUAAACAAAAUAAAUCAAGUUGUGGUAUAGUCAAUAUUUAUUAAUAGAGGAAAGAAAUAAUGUUGACAUAUCACAAUUUCAUAUAAGGAAAAAUCUCCAGAAUUUUAAGCAAAAAUAUAUUUUGAAAGAAGGUUUGGUUCAAUAAAGACUGGUUUUACUUGGUGUUGUAUGUUGGCUGAUAUAUAUUUGCAUAUUUCCAUGAUUAUAUUACUUAAUAACUACUUAUUUACAUAAUAAUGUCAUGAUUAGCUUUGCCAAUAAAUAUUAAUUGCACUUAAGUUUUCUGGGCUGCUUUUUAAAAAAAAAUUAAUAAAGCAGACUCUGCUUUUAUCCCCUUAAGAUUUAUACUUUAUCCCAGUAUAGAAAAUUAAUAAAAAUGAAACUAGAAUUCUCUACUACUUAGUGGAAAUAUACUGAUACUUUCCAGAACAUUACAUUAAAAUAUUGUACUCUUUAUUGAU